AUGGAAAAGAAGAACCUAUCCAACUUGGAGGAAUUUAUUCUCCUGGGAUUCCCAGGGACGCAGGGUUUGCAGAUAUCCCUCUUCCUGUUGUUCUUUGUCAUGUAUAUGCUCACUGUAACAGGCAACAUGGCCAUCAUCACACUGGUAUGGACCAAUCAUCACCUUCAGACCCCCAUGUACUUUUUCCUCUGUAAUCUCUCCUUCCUGGAGAUCUGGUUCACCACGGCCUGUGUCCCUAAGACCUUGGCUAACUUUGCAUCUCAGAGCAAAGCCAUCUCCUUCAUCAGCUGUGCCACUCAGAUGUACUUUGUCUUCUUCCUGGGGUGCACUGAGUGUUUUCUCCUGGCUGUGAUGGCAUACGACCGCUAUCUGGCCAUCUGCUAUCCUCUGCGAUACAGUUCCAUCAUGACUCACAUUGUCUCAGCCCGUCUUGCCCUGGGUUCCUGGAUGUGUGGCUUCUCAGUCAUCAUGGUGCCCACUGUCCUCAUCACUCGCCUCUCCUUUUGUGCCUCCAACGUUAUCAACCACUUCUUUUGUGACAUUGCCCCAUGGAUCGUGUUAUCCUGCACUGAUACCUGGGUGGUAGAAAUGGUAUCUUUUGGGAUUUCCUUUUGUGUCAUCUUGGGUUCCUGCAUUGUCACCUUGGUCUCCUACAUCUAUAUCAUCUCCACCAUCGUGAAGAUCCCCUCAGCCCAG